UGUCAUUUUUGAAAAAAAAAAAUUGGUAGUAAAUAUCAAAAGUCAAUUAAAGAUUUGAACAACUGAUAGUUCAACCAUAAUAAUAACAGUAUAUCAGAUGUCACAGGUACUUCAGAAGGUUAAGAGUCCUAUAAAGAUAAGAUUGGCUCGUUUCGGAAGAAAGCACAGUCCCUUUUAUAAUAUAGUGGUGGCCAAGAAAGCCUCAGCUCGUGAUAGUUUACCAAUCGAAGUAUUAGGAACUUAUAAUCCAAAUCCAGUACCAUUAACUCCAACUGAAAAGGCUAAUGGAGUCAAACCAUUCAAGCAUAUAGAGUUAGACUUUGUCAGAUCCAAAUAUUGGCUAGGUGUUGGUGCAGAUGUGUCAGAUCGUGUUACAUUUUUAUUCAAAAGAUCUGGAUUACUUCCAGAAGAAUGGCCUGCUCCAAAUAAAUUAAGUCAACAUAUUCAAAAACCUACUGUUAAACAAUCCACAAAGGUUCAUGAAGAACCAAGAGAAUUCAUCAGAAGCAGAAAUUAAAACUAUCCUUGCAUUUUCAUUUUAUAAAGAACUUUACGUUACAAUCAUCU